AUGACAAUCCGAUACUUCGAACUCGAACAUGGACAACUGGCCGUCGACAUACAGGGCGAGGGUCCUCUUGUGAUCUGUGCGCCUGCUAUGGGGGAUCUCCGCAACGCCUACACCCAGUUGGCAUCGCUGCUCGUUGCUGCGGGCUACACGGUAGCGUGUCUAGACAAUCGCGGCCAUGGCGACAGCUCGACAGACUUUGAUCGAUACGGCGACGAGGCCGCCGCAGCCGACUUCCUUGCGCUUAUUCAGGAGAUCAACCUGGGUCCCGCCAUCCUGAUUGGCGUUUCGUUCACUGCAGCCGCCGCGACCAUCGCAGCGGGCCGCCGGCCUGACCUGUGCAAGGGUCUCGUGCUGUUGGGGCCGUUUCUGCGCAACAGCAUGGGCUCUGCCGGAAAGUACAUACUGGCGGCGUUGGUCGCGCGCCCGUGGGGGCCAAUCGUCUGGAAAGCAUAUAGCCGCUCGCUCUGGCCCGGAUUGGGCGAAGACAAGUGCAAAGAGCGUGCAGAGGAACUGAUCAAAUCGCAGACGCGGCCAGGUCGAUGGACGGCGUUCCAAAAGACAGUCAGUGGCGCGGACCACGCCGUUGUAGGCCCUUGGCUGGAGAAGGCCAAGGACGUUCCUGUGCUGGUAGUCAUGGGAGACAAAGAUCCCGAUUGGUCCAAUCCCCUGGAUGAGGCGGAGUGGGUGGCCUCAAACUUCAGCACAGCAAAGGUCGUUGCCGUUGGGAACGCGGGUCAUGCUCCGCACCUCGAAUGCCCGGAAGUGGUGGGGGAAGCUGUGAUGGAUUUUCUUGCUUCUGUACACAGCUCGGGUCAGGCAGUCGGAACGUCGAGGGAGCACGAAGGUUAG